AUGAAUAUCAUCGAAGCGAGGAUCUUCGGUAUGGAAGUCGCCAUCGGAGUGAAGAACGCCACCAAAGCCGUGAUCGCUGCCGGAGUGAAAGGCGCCAUCGAAGUGAGGAGCGCAUUCGAGUGGAAGAGGAGAAGCCAUAUGGUUAUGUGCGGCGAGAGACCUGGGGCGUUGGAGGCGGUUCCGGCAGAGAGUCCAGGAGAGGACGUGAGCGACGACAUUCGACCCGAGAGUAUGUCAUUGAAGAAGGCCGACUUCGUCAAGAGCCGUCGAGCGCGGGAUGCUACCGCAGCUGGUGGCGCCUCUAACGUGAGGUACGGCGUUACGAGGAGGUUCCGAGAUUGA